AUGGCCGAGAACUUCCAGCUCCAGAGCCGGCACGGCAAGUCCCGCGUCCGCGUCUCCCGCGUCUGGCGCCGCCCGGCCGCGGCGGGGGGCCACGUCAUCGUUGAGUGGAACGUCGCCGUCAGCAUCGUCUCCGACUGCCGCCCCUCCUACAUCUCCAGCGACAACUCCGCCAUCGUCGCCACAGAUUCCAUCAAGAACACCGUGUAUGUCAAGGCGAAAGAGUGCACGGAAGUGGUGCCCAUGGAGGAAUUCGCCGUGAUUCUUGGAAGGCAUUUCACGUCGUUGUACCCUCAGGUUUCAGAGGCCACGGUGACUAUCGUGGAGCGCCCAUGGGAGCGUGUGGCUGUCGACGGAAAGCCUCAUUCGCACGGGUUCAAAGUUGGUGUUGAGAAGCACAGCACAGAGGUCAUUGUCAAAAAAUCUGGAAGCCUGCUUAUAAAUUCUGGAAUCCAAGGGUACUCGCUGCUAAAGACAACUCAGUCUGGGUUUGAAGGGUUUGUGACGGAUCACUAUACACUUCUUCCUGAUACAAGGGAAAGGAUAGUAGCAACAGAAGUAACUGCUUGGUGGAGGUAUCCUUUUGAACAUGUUUCGCAGCUACCAUCAAAGCCAUUCUGCUUUACGCAAAGAUAUCAGGAUGUAAAGAAAGUUCUUGCAGAGACAUUCUUUGGUCCUGCUGAUGUUGGUGUGUAUAGUCCAUCUGUACAGAAUACACUAUACCUCAUGGCCAAGGAAGUUCUUACAAGGUUCCCAGAUAUAUCGUCAAUUCAGCUUAGAAUGCCGAACCUUCACUUUCUGCCUGUCAACUUGGGGAGCAAAGAAACUCCGUUGGUGAAGUUUGCUGAUGAUGUGUACCUGCCGACGGAUGAACCACACGGAACCAUUGAAGCAACUUUGAGCCGUCCCAUGUCAAAGCUGCGUCCAGCUUGUGACGUUUCGCCGCUGUAA